AUGGCAGCGCAAACCAUUUUACAUGUAUGGGCCUUGGAGUUCUGGUCCUUGGCCGCUUCCUUGGCCCAGUUCGCAAUCAUGUUCGCGCUGAUGGUGCACUUUGAUGGCAAGCAGACAUUCGACGGCUCAUUUGUGACUUUGAACACAAUCACAUCUAUUCUAUCUACAGGAUCAAGAGCAUCGCUUCUCACUGGCGUUUCAAGUUGUAUAAGUCAAGCAAACUGGGCAGCUUUUGCAACCAAGCCUCGUCGGCUUUACGACUUCGAAAUGAUAUCUGAAGCCAGUCGUGGUCCUUUGGGGAGUGUUCAGCUUCUGUUAAAUAGCAGGUUCAAAGGAGGUCCCCUUGUUCGAUUCGGCGCAGUUCUUACUCUACUCUCCAUUGCCACGGGCCCCUUCGCCCAGCAACUCGUGCGAGUGCGUCAAAUCGACUUUCUGGAAGAGGGCGGAAGUAUCGCUCAAGGACUUUCUUAUUCAAAGGGAAUAAGUAGCCCUCAUUAUUCGUUCCAUUAUAAUCCGAACGGCUCUGUGAAUGUGACGUCUGCCACCGUCCUCUGCAAACCUGAUAUCAGUAUGAGGGCCUCACUUAUGUUCACGCUCUCCGCCGAUAUAAGAGACGUUAUUCGGCAAGCGACUUUUGAAUGCCCCGGAACUGGUUGUUUAUUUCAAAAUUUCCGAUCCCUGGCGAUUUGCAGCAGAUGCUAUGACAUUAGCUCAAUGCUAGUAGCGAAACAGUACAUGAAGAUUGACAGUCUUUCGAGCGGCGACCAAAUGGAAUAUUCUGCUACAAAGUAUAGUCUUCCAAAUGGACUUUAUCUGGAAAACGAAGAUGUGUCUUCAGAUUACCCUUACUCUCACACACGCUGGGAACCGACUCGUGAUGUCUUAUCCCUCUACGGCACCUCCAAUCCAAAUAAAUCGAUCAAUUCUAGAGAAAUCGACACUCUGAUCUGGUCGCAGAGUGUUAUCAAAGUAGACAACUCGACCAAUAUUUGGCAGUGGCCUAAUAUGUCAGUCUAUGCCGUGGAGUGUGCUCUUUAUUAUUGUGUCAAAGAUUAUUCUUUCCGAGUGGUUAAUAGUUCCAUUGAGCUGGAGCUGGAAAAGGAGCGGAAGGAAUAUCGAAGGCAUCCUGACUCAUGGAAGCUUCUUUUAGGAAAUAUGGAAAGUGACAUUAUAGCCAAUGCCUCGAGAAAUCUUGCUUUUCACCCGAAUCAGUCGGCUUUUCGAAGAUCAGAUCUUCAACUAUCCAGGGAUUUUGACAAGUCCGAGGGCUUUAAUAUUUCUCAGUCUGGAGUGAACACCAUUAGUUCACUUGUCCAAGACUUAUUCUCGUCUUGCUUGGACAAGAAAGGCUGCCCUGCGGCAGUGGAUGAUUGGAAACCCCCAACUGGAUAUUAUAGCUACCAGCGGGCUUGGGACGUGAUGGUCUACCAACCCGACCUAGCACCGGCUAUGUGGUCUUCCGAAAACCUUACGGCUAGGUUCGAUAGUAUUGCGGCCAGCAUGAGCAAUUCCUUGCGAUCCGGGGAUGAUUUGAACAGUCGUUUCGUUGGGAAAGUUGCCAAUCCCAUCACCGUUUACAAGAUAAACUGGCCUUGGAUAUCAUACCAGCUUUUCAUCCACGUCGCAGCCAUGGUUUUCUUCGCCAUUAGUGUUAGUAUUGACCGGCAGCCCGGUAGCCGUGGCAUUCCAGUAUGGAAGUCCAGUCAACUGGCCGUCAUGUCGCAAGGGGCAUUGGUAGCGGAUGUGUUGAAGGGUGCUGAAACGCUCGAGGAACUGGAAACGGCGGCCAAGAAAACGACAAUUAUGCUUUUAGCUAACGGUGAAGAUCGGCCUUUGAUGCAACUUGGCGCGGGAGAAACCACGGAUGAAACAAGCCUUAGGGGAAACUCGGCCUCUGAUUGA